CCCGCAAGAUCUCCUGGAGCAUGGAAUGGGAGCAAAUAAUUUUGCUAUGCUCGGUUUGGGAGACAUCGUGAUUCCUGGAAUAUUCAUAUCUUUGCUUCUGCGGUUCGACGUGAGCCUGAACCGGGGUCGCAACACCUACUUCAACUUUACGUUUUUCGCGUACCUCGUCGGACUUCUGAUGACAAUCGGCGUCAUGCAUGUGUUCAAGCACGCCCAACCAGCUUUGCUGUACUUGGUUCCAAUGUGUCUUGGAACACCGCUCUUCGUUGCUUGGGUCAAAAGCGAUUUAAAUAUACUUUUCCAGUAUGAAGAUGAGCCAGAAGAAGAUGAAGCAGGCGAAGUUUCGCAGAAGGCUGAGAAAACGGAUUGAAGGCACAGAGUCUCUAUGAAAAGAAAACGAGGAAAUUUUGAUGUUCAAAAAUGAAAAUGAAUAUCUUGUUAAGUUCGGAUUGCACGUUGUUGGAGUUUUUUUUUCUAAUUUCCAACGUCUCAGUUGUAAUUGUUCCCUUGGCGUUGCGUUUGUGAGAAGCUUUUUCUUGGUGAUGGCGACGUGGGGAAUUCGUCGACUUCCAGAAAGUGUUAUUUUUAGUUUAAAAAUUUAUGUUGGAAUGGCGAACUCGUUUUUGAAAUUUUUUUUUUUCUUGCAACUUGCUUGAUCAUUGAUUUAUUCUGAUUUUUCUUUUAUGCACUUGCUUUUCAUGGCUGCAUUCCCUCUCGACAGAUUUGCAGAAGUGUUUAAAAUUGAGCCUUUCUCUGUCGAAAGAACACGCCGUGUUUCAAGAGGAAACUCUGUGAUCAUACUUAAGACGUUUCCCGCGGAUUCAGACGUCUUUGGAUUAAGAUAACAUCUGCCAACCUUGCACAACUGAAAGGAAGGAAUAAGAUUUGAUUUUCUGUAAAACCCGUUAAGUUCUGAGGCUUCUCUGACGUUACCGCCGAAUGACGCGGAAGAUUCUUCCGCCGGAAAGCGCUCAUGGGUGCAUUUGAAUUUGUGAAGAUCGUGACAAGUUCUUCCGGACGAAUGUUUUGAAGGAUUAAGAAUCGGACUGCUAUGGAAA